AUGUCAUCGUCGACGUCGAGCAACGCCAACCCGCCACCGAACCACGGCGGCAGCGUAUCCGGCGAUUUGGGCGGCCCCUCGCACUCGCGCGUUCUGCUCGGUCGCAAUGCCGGCAAGCUAGACCCCACGGAGCACCCACCUCUUCCCGUUGCGGAAGUCGGCGCGGCCAACCGUGCAGCUCAGAUGCGCGGUAUCCUGCUCGGCCUGGGCGGAGGCGUGAUCUCGGCCUUCAUCUCGCGCAAGGCACUCAACCUUUCCAAAAACGCAAGCUACCUGUCUGGAUUGCUGGCCGGAACGGGUGUUGCAUACAUCACUGCACGACAGCAGCUCGAACACAAUCUCGGCGCCGUCGAGAAUGCAGAAAAGGGUCUGCGCGGAUCGCUGAGGAGUUCCACGGACGCACGGGCAGGCGAUGGCCUCACGUCGACAGACCGCGAAAUGCUCAAGUACGAUCUGCAGGCCGCCGCCGAACGUGCACACGAAGCGGGCGUAGCAGGCAUGCAUGAGCUCAAGGACAAGUACGCCUCAAGCCGUGGCGACCAUUAG